UGUUUAAGUGUCAGUCAUCAGUAGAUCAGUAUGGAGUUGAUUUCUCUUCCUCUAGUUCUUUUGCUGAUUUCAAACAUCCACGGUCAAGAAAGACAAACACCUCAAGUGUUUGUUUGCCCUGGUGAUCACGUAUUAAGAGGAGAAACUGUCAAUCUCAUAUGUGUCAUUAAUAGAGGAGGAGUCAGCAGCUGGCAGUACAGCUGGUAUAAAGAUGAUUCAAUCAUCCAACAGUAUGAACAGUAUUACACAAUCAGAUCUUUUAAUGAGUCUGACGCAGGUAACUACACCUGUAGAGGAAAUGAGACCAAUGGAUCACGAUACUCAGACAUCAGUAAUGCAGUUACACUGACAGUAUCAGAAACCUACCCAUAUAUAAAAGCUGAUUACAAAAGAACCACUGAAGGAUCUUCUGGUCUGAUAGUUGGAGUGGUUGUUGGACUGAUCAUCUUGUUUUUUAUCAAUUUCUUGGUUUUGCUGUGGUGGUACAAAAUCAAAAAAGGUAAAGUCUCUUGGUCUCCCUCAGCUUUCAGUCCACAGCAGAACAUCAGUCAGAGAUCAGAUCGGAAACAAAGUGAAGAAGGUUACACUCCACUGAAGUUUGGUAAAGUCUCUCGGUCUCCCUCAGCUUUCAGUCCACAGCAGAACAUCAGUCGGACAUCAGAUCAGAAACAAAGUGAAGAUGGAUACACUCCACUGAAGUUUGGUAAAGUCUCUUGGUCUCCCUCAGCUGUCAGUCCACAGCAGAGCAUCAGUCGGACAUCAGAUCGGAAACAAAGUGAAGAAGGUUACACUCCACUGAAGUUUGGUAAAGUCUCUAAGUCUGCCAAAGCUGUCAGUUCACGGCAGAACAUCAGCCUGACAUCAGAUCGGAAACAAAGUGAAGAUGUUUACACUCCACUGAAGUUCGUACAUGCUGAUAUUUAUGACUCAUUGGUGCAACAGAUAAUAAAGACAAAAGCUCAGACAAUGUAAGUGAAUCAGAGAGGAGAUAAAGAUGUUGCUUCUGGAUCUGUUGAUGUGACUUAAAACACGAGAAAGAGGAGAAAAGAUGGCAAUACAUUAACUAAUGCUUAAUAUUAUUAAUACAAACCUUCAUGUGCUUCAGAGUCAAAUCUUGCAAAUAUUUGAUUCUCUAAUAGCAAAAGUUUUUUUGUCAUUAUCAGCAGUGUAAUGAUUUCUGACAGACUGUAAAGUGAAUGGAAAUAUGAAAGUUAUGAGAGAGUUAUCUUUUUAUAAUCUUUUUAUAUGUUGACUUGAUAAAUUGAUCGAAUUGAAAUAAAUUGAUGCAACCACUUACCUUAAAAAAAAUUUGUAAAUUGAACGAAUCUCUUUUUUUCAGUGAAUGUGUGAUUGACACAACUGCUUUAAACCUGUCAAAUUUAUUUGGCUGUGUGAACGACAUCAUUCACUUUGAUAAGGCUCAUCUAUAUUUUGCAUACAGUAUAUCUUUCGCUUCAUAGCUCCAUGUAUGUAAUAAGUGUUCAUGUUAGUGUUUUGAAAUGUCCUGGAAAAGUGAAAGCAGCAUUAUGGGAAUAAAUACCUUUGUUUAAACGGUGAUCAAGAGGUCUAAAAAUCUGAAAUAUUUUAAUUAUUGCUAAUACUGCAGUCUAUUGCUAAUACUUCCUCUGUUGUUUCCUUGCCUUUGUUUUUUGAUGGCUUACCAGUGUUUUUGACCUCGGCAUGUUUUUCGGACUUAUUGUGAUUGUGGAUUACCCUUUUUAUAAAGUUUGCAUUUGGAUCCCCAUUCUUUUUGUCCUUGUAUAGACUGUGAUGAGGUCAAAAGAGUUGCGUCAAAAAAGUGGGUUUUAUUUCUUUAUCUUUUAAUUUGAAUGUAUUUCUACAGUUUUCAACAAUAGAAGACAUGCA